AUGAUUUCCGCGCAUGCGCUUCAGCACGUAGAGCAUGUUCAGGCGGGCGACCGUCGCGACUCCGCGAGCAAGGCUUCGUCGGCCUCUGCGCCGGAGACAUUGUUGACGAUUGUCGCGCCCGCUGCGACGGGUGCUUCGGCCGUUUCCGCGCGGAAAGGGCCGAUGGUACACACGCAGCUCCCGGAUCACCGGUACCGUCCGUUGGAUGUCUGUCUCCAACGACACCUCCGUCACACCUGGUUGGGUGCGCCCUUGCGCGAGCGUGCUUUAGCGAGUUCCGCACCGCAUCCUCUACAUCAAGGAGUCCCCUCCACCCGAGAACGACCCGCCGCGGUCAAAUUUGUCUUCCUACCACCGCUGGCCAUCUCUGUCGAUGUGCUAACAUUUCGCUUCAGAUAA